GCGUGGCAGCUAGCACCCGGCGCUCCCGAGCACACUCGGCAUUGGCGAGGGCCACUUCGGCAGAGCGAUGAGUGAUGAUGACAACGAGAGCGAGAGCGUCAGCGUCCACACCGAGUCCCAGACGGGGGAGGAGAACGAGCUGCCUGUUAUCCAGCUGUGCAGGCUGGUGGAGGAGCUCAGCUAUGGAAACUCUGCUCUCAAAAUUGAGACAGAGAUGUUUGAGAAAUAUUACAUCAAACUGGAGCCAAGGGAACACCGAACUUCACGAGUAUCAGAAAUUAAAAUAGCAGCAGCAGACUAUGCACAGUUACGGGGCAGGCGUAAAUCCAAAUCCCGCACAGGCUUGGACCGUAUGGUAGGCCUCACUGUUGACCAAAAACUCGAUCUUGUACAAAAGGAGCUGGAAGACAUGAAGGAUGAAAUAAGGCACAUGAGGGCAAAUGCUGAACGGGAUCUACAGCACCAUGAGGCUAUCAUCGAGGAAGCUGACAUUCGAUGGACUGAAGUUCAGAAGGAAGUGCACGAGUUUGAAAAAGAUAUUCUAAAAACCAUAUCCAAGAAGAAAGGGAGUAUUUUGGCCACUGAGAAAGUGAUGAAGUACAUUGAGGACACAAACCGCCGGAGGGAUAAUAUGAAGGACAAAUUACGUUUGAAAAAUAUUUCUCUCAAAGUUCAGAGGAAAAAAAUGCUUUUACAAUUGAGACAGAAGGAAGAGGGGGGUGAGGCCCUCCACGAAGUUGAUUUUCAGCAGCUAAAGAUGGAGAACGCUCAAUUUUUGGAGACGAUUGAAGGAAGGAAUCAAGAACUGAUCCAGCUAAAGCUGGCAUCUGGGAACACCUUGCAGGUCCUCAACACCUACAAAAGCAAGCUUCACCGAGCAAUGGAAAUACACAUCAGUCUGGACAAGGAGUAUUUGCUGAGAAAUGAGCUACUUGGAAAAAUCGAAAGAGAAACCCUACAAGUAGAGGAGGACCGGGCCAAAGCUGAAGGUUUGAACAAGAAGUUGCGCAGGCAGCUGGCUGAGUUCCGGGCGCCGCAGGUGAUGGUGUACGUCCGGGAGAAGAUCUUAAACGGAGACCUGGAGAAGAGCAUCAAGAUGUGGGAAAGGAAAGUGGAGAUUGCAGAGAUGUCCUUAAAAGGCUACCGUAAGACCUGGAAUAAAAUGAAAACAACUAAUGAGCAGUUGCAGGCAAUCUGCCCCCUGUCUGGUAAAUAGCCAGAGGCAGGCCACGGCUCACAGACCAAGACGUGAUCCAUUAAAGUAAUCAGCUCCUUU